GGCAGCCCCAUCCUCCGGUGGCCAUCAGAUGUAGAAUUUCCAAGGGACCAGCGUUUUCGUGGUUGUCCUGGUCUGUGCUGUGUCCUGAUGCCGUCUGCCUCAGCUGCGUCACCCCCUGCACUGGGUGUCACCUCAACAUUUCCUCACACGCUGGUGGUGUCAUCUCAUCCUGCAGUUAGUGCUACUAGUGAUGCCGGGGUUCUUGUUCACGAAGCCGACAAAUGAGCUUCACAAACACUCAAGCGUGCUCUGCUUGUCGCGUGAGGUCCGUUGCGUCGAGGAUCCGAGGGCCAGCAGCGGCGGCAGGAUGGCGCCCUCUAUGCUGCUCUUGGUGCUGCUGCUCCUGGCUGGAGACUUGGCAGCCUCUUUGAACUCUCAAUUUGGUCAGCCUUCAGAAUAUAGAACACCAGACUGCAAUCAAUAUAAAUUACCAGGAUGUCCCAGAGACUUUAAUCCUGUGUGUGGAAGCGACAUGUCCACUUAUCCCAAUGAGUGUACUUUGUGCAUGAAAAUCAGGGAAGAUGGUCAUGAUAUUAAAAUAAUCCACAGUGGACCAUGCUGAUGGAGCAGUUUACAGAAGAGAAACUGGAGAGACCACCUUGAACAGCACACUAGAUGAAUGUCAUUUUUCCUUUGUCUUUUUUCCUAUGUUUCUUUGCAUGAGAUUUAUUAACCCACAUUUUCUAAGAGGAGGUGUGGAAAAGAGCCAUGUGCUCUGAUAAUUAAA